GUGUAUUUGGCAAAAUUACAUUGCUAAAGCUUGUUCCAGUGGGUUAAUGUUAAAGAAAAAGAAAUAAUACGAAUUAUAAUACAAAUACAUAUACAUAUACUACUAAUAGAAGUAAGAAAAAAAAAGUAAAGAAAAAGAAGAAGAGGAGGAGAAGUAAACGGGAAAUAUUUAUUUUAUUUUAUUUUAUUAAUGAUUUUAUUGCAGUUAAUAAGGGCGAAAAUUUACUACAACUACCAAAACAAACAAACAAAUAAAUAAAUAAUGUUACUACUACUAGUACUACUAAUACAUAGAUAAGAAAUAAUCUCUAUAUUAGACUUCUACACGGAAUCCUAUCAGUUUUGUUUAAUGACGAAUUCUUUUAGUUUCAUACAUUAAUCAUACAUGACUCCGAAUCAACCGAUUCGAUGUCUUUAAUGUUUAUUUUAUGCUAUGGUUGCUGUGGUUCAGAAUCCCCGCCCCUUUACCGAAUGUGGUUAUGAUUGGACAGUCCUAUUCCGAGUGACCAAUCAAAAUGCACGGAAUAUUUCACCGUCAAGUUAAAUGGAACAGGACAAACGCUCACGAGCAUCGAUAAUCGCGAGCAAACUUUUCUCCUUUUUUUUUUUUUUUGUGAUAACGCGCGAGCUCGAGACAUCGGACCCACAUCGGAGUCUCAUCUGCGUUCGUUGGUUUUGAACAUUAAAAUUGACCUUCACAUAAAUAACUUUAGUUCACAAUCGUGUAAGGAAAUUGCUAUAAGAGCUCAUUUCAUCCCGACGGGUAACUUAAUUUGCUGUUGUUAGCCAUGGAGGUAAGAAGAAAACGUCAUCGUUAGAGCUAAUUAUGCUAGAUAGCUCGUUUUAGCUUAGCUUAGCUUACUUCUGCUACCUUGCCUAAGUUCUGUCAGCUGAAGGUAAAUAAUGCCACGAAAAGUAAACUCAGUGUAGAUGCAGACGGAGCAAAGAUGCCAUUUGAUCUGUUUCAUAGUGGAGGAUCGGAUGCAAGCUGCUCGACGUAUAAGUUUCAGAAUGAUUAUAGUGAAGAAAGUGGAAGACUGUCUGAGACUUUUACCCCAGAGUUCUCCUUCUAUGAGCAACCGCCUCUACCUUACCAUUCCUGGGCAGUGCAGGAAGAACCGUAUCAACCGAUGGAUUGUGCUCAAAGCACCCCCAAAAACAGGAAUCUUAAAGACGGCAUUGACUGUGGGAGCGAGGCCGAUCUCUAUGGAUUAGUGUCCACCAUCUUGGAAGAGGUUGAUCCAAUGGACUCGUACUUCUCUCAAGAUAGAAUAUCAACUGGUCUUACAACUGGGUGGUCCCCAAUGUCCCAGAAGGAGGACGGCUUGCAGUCUGUUAAUUCUGAGGCGAAGGUGCAGUCUAGUUCUGGAAUUCAGUACAAUCCCGAGCCCGGCAUCAAACUCCACACUCGUCUAGUGGAAAGAGAGACUGAUCAAAGUGCUGACAUGUUACCGUGUUUCAGUGGCAUUGAGGCUGCUGACUCAUCCUGGCACUUUUCCACUUGCAAUGGAGAAUCUAAUUCUGAAUCCUACACCCCAGCUUUCCUAAAUUUACCCAGACCACCUCCUGGUCUUGAUAUCUCACAUGCCGUGAGGUCCCACUUCUUCAAGACCAAACCAGGUAAAUCAGAGCACAGCGUGUCUGUCAAAGACAGCAGCUUUCGCAGCGCCGAUGAUGAAAUCUCUGACAGCCUGGAUGCCCAUUGCUGCCUUCCAACCGAAAUGAAUGACUCCUACUUCAGCCCAUAUCAAAAUUUCGCUGGCUUUGAUGGACUCAAAAUUGAAAAGAACAGAAUGUUCUCUAUGCAGGAUGCCAGCAAGCUGGCCAACAACCUGGAGGCUCUUUUUAUGGUGGAGCAGGAGGGCAGGUAUAAUAGAGAAUCACCCGAGUGCAAUGCCAUGAAAGUUCAGGAUGGAAACAUUGUUGAUUUGAAGGGUCUACCUCUCCAAAGGAUGUCAGCAUUUGAAGCUCAUAUUGCAAGUCUUAAGAGAGAAAUCACAAGGGAGCAAAGAGAUAGUUGGGUUGGGAAUAUAACGACUAAGGAGUUUGCUGAUUUUGGUCAGCAGUCAGCAGACUAUUUUGAACCUCCGAAAUCCUUCUCUCCCUCUUUCAACUUUUCAACUCACCAAAGCAAAGAAGCCAACCAGAGAGAAGUAAGAAAUCUCCAAACCAGCCUCCGUCAAUACCAGCAUGGGCAAUCAAACCAGUACCGAUGUAACACCAAAUCUCCACCCAAAACAAGCGCCGAUCCACAAGGGACAUCUAAAUUCAUGUCUCAGUCUGUGGCCGAGUUUGUUCCUGUCCGGUCUCCGCAACAGAUGCAGAGGAGCGUACCUAGAAUACUCAGUGAUUUUGGGCAGCGCGAUGGGAGAAUGGGUCGCACGGGCCUGGGUUUGGGUCUGGAGGGCCUGGCGAAGUUAGGUGGCAUUGUAGACAGAGGAGAAUUUGACCUACAGUCAGAGAUGGGCAGAUCGGCCACAGGCUUUAUAGCUGAUUCGCAGCCCUCUCCGUGUUUUGGAGUAAAGUCCCCAGCUGGCUUCCCCAAAGAGGCAGACAAGAAAAAAGCUCUGCUGCAGAACCCAUAUCGGAUUCUAGGCAGUAUGUAUGCAGGUCAGGCCAGACAAAAUGGAGCCAAACCUGCACCAUCCCAGAUGUUUCCUUUCUUGUACCAGAUGGGAGUUUCUGGACAGAACCCAUGCCACGUGUUCCCUUCCCGAUCCCCUCUGACCUACGGUGGCUCUGCGCCUGUAGUGGAUCUGAAUGAAUUACGGCCAGAUGCUGAAAUCCCCGCCCUAAACCCUUACCUGCAGGAGAUGAUGGGGCCAAGCCGAGCUGGACGAGACGGACCCUUUCCUGGGUUAAUCUCCAACCUGAGGCCAUCCAACCAAAGCAACAGUCACGGUGGCCCUAUAAACCAGCUACACUAUUAUCUGGAAGAGUGCUAUGAACAGUGGAGAGUUUUGGAGAAAGAGAGAAAGAAGGCAGAAGCUAUCUUGCUAAAGAGCUUCCCAGGCAAGUGUAUAUCUGUGACGAACGGUAACUCUGUGCCCAAGCUGCCUCUCAACCCUACCAGAGUGGACAAGCUUAUAGUGGACCAGUUUCGAGAACAAGCCAAGGUGGUGAGCUUGUUGGGGACGAUAGAGCGCUUGCGGAGUUUUCCUCUCCACGCUAAUAUCGGUUCGACUCUGGACAGGCACCUAGAAGCCAUAUACGUCACGCAGGCUCGCCGCAAGGACGAGUUCCUCAACAGCAGUAGACAGAGACAGGGCGUGGCCAAACUCAGAGACGACAGAGAUAUCCUGCUUUUGGCCUCUGCACUGAAGGACCUGAGCAGGAGCACCAGGACGUCUUGCACUGCUCUGUGGUGCGCUCUGCAGAUGACUCUGCCCGAAAAAGGCACCAGCGCCAAGGACGGAGAAGAGGGGAACAUUUCUUCAGUUUUAGCGCAUGACAGUUCUGACCAGGUUGCUCCUGAAAUAGCGCUGUGACUGUUUGCGAGGCAGUCAUUUCUCUGUGUGUGUGUGUGUACUAUCCUGAAGGGAAUUCUCAGUGAGGCGCACGGUGGAGUGAGUGAAUGUUGUUGUGUAAGUUAUUAGACUGCAGUGAGUACAGUAGGCUCAGUUCGGAGCAAUAGAUGGAAUCCUCAGUUCUGUAACAUUUAUCAGUCUUAUUAAUAAUAAUCCCAAAUGAUAUAUAUAUACUGUCCUAUGAAUACGGUCAACUUUUCCAAAGGAUAGUAUUGCAGAGAGAUCAUCGCCGAGCCGUUUAGGCGGUGGAUUUCGAAACGCCGCAUAUCUCUUGUGGACAGUAACGUUUAAAAGGACAGAGAGAAAGAGAAAGGGAAAAGAUGGAUCAGAAGAGCUGGAGUGAGAAGCGGAAGAGUUAGUGUGGGACAAAACCCAAAAAACAGAAAAGAACAGGGACAUUUUGGGGGGGGGGGCGUGGCGUUGUAAGCGAUCAUUGGAAAAGAAUGUAAAGGUCAGGGAGUUUGAAAAAUAACGAGAUCGUCACCCUCUUGACCUGAGAUUUUAGUAGCGGUUACUCCCACUGGAAACGAAACGCAAACCCAAGAUUGGUUUCGCUUUGACGCUUUGAUUAGCGUGCUUUAAAGAAAUCCUGGGAGUAACCCGUACAUUCCGGCUAUAUUUAUAACUUCACCGUCCUUGUAUUUUACCUAUUUAUUGCAACAUGGUUACUUUGUAGCGUAAGGUUUUAAACAAUCAUAAUUGUAACAUAUUCUCUCGUUGAGAUUCUUUCUGUUAAUUGUUUUAAAAGUUUAUUUAUUUUCAAUAAGCAGUGUUCUAACGAGAUAAGUACAGAACAUCUCAAGCAUCUUUCAGUAUUAUCAAUCUUGUUGAAUCAGAUUUCUGUUUAUUUGAAGUUAAAAAAAGAGACCGAACCCCUCCGAAGACCUGGGUGGGAAGAACGAUGACCUCUGUGUGAACG